AUGCUGCGAAAGCAAGCGCUGAUCAACCUGGCAUUCUCAGUCCCCAAGAAUCGCAAGCCCAAAUUCGACCUCAUCCUGCGCAUCAUCGACUUGACCAACAUCCCCUUGAUCUAUGGCACCGCUUGUGUGAGAUGGCACCUCUCCUCUUCCAACGCCGCGGAGCACCGCGGGCGAACCGAUAAGGCCCCGAUUGAAGAACACAAGGCAACAUGGGAUUAUUGGAAGGAAAUACCGGUGCGUCUGACCAUCGACAAGACGGGCAUGCUCCAGGAGUGCGACAUCCACUUUGAAGUUCUCCAAGAAUUCCAUGAAGGCGGAAGAGGUGGUCGCGUACAUCUGGGCAAUGUGAAACUCAACCUGGCCGAAUACACUCGACUACCGGAUCUACCGCCCGCAGACCGCGAUCCGCAAGAUGAAGCCGAUGAUGGAAGCAUCACGAGAAGAUAUCUCCUACAGGACAGCAAGGUCAACAGCACGCUGAAAAUUGGGAUCCGAAUGAGGCAGACUGAGGGCGACUCUAAUUUCAUUGCACCUCCACUGAGGUCAGCGAUGGUGGUCGGUGGCAUCGCGGGGGUCUUGACCACAGAGGCCGGCGAAGGAGACGACAUCCCUAGCAUCACCAGCAAGACGAGAGAAUUGUCAGAAGCCCAGGAUAUUUAUCGACGAACGCUGGCAGCGACGUGGGCAUGUCAAUCUGGGGAACUACCCCCGGAUAAAUUGGUUGAGAACCUGUUUGCGGGAGGAGACGGCGGAGUACGACCACAGUCGUCCAGUAGCAAGGCUAGCAAUCAACAACAGCAACAACGGGAGCAGCAGCAGCAACAUCCACAGAACACUAGGCUUGGUCUGCGUGAAGAGAACGGCAGCAGUUCAAGCGAUGAGCCCAGGAGACCUGUCACUCCACGCCAAUUCUUGACACCCCAGGUAUUUGCCAGCGGAAUCAGCCAAGGCCAGGGGCACCGGCGCGGAUCAAGUCGAGAUUCUCCCACUCUACAAACAACUGCCGCGGGUGCCGUCAGUGGCCGAGCAAGCAUCGAGCAGCAAGUCCAUGCGAGCCAGCAGGAACAUCGCCGGCGUGAUCGAUCAGAAUACCACGAGUUCACCGAGUUUGAUCUCCGGGAUGAUUUACGGAGCUGGGAAAUCGGAGGUGUAGCGGCACACCAGUUACCUCACGAAGAAGUCGACGAAGACCACACGCAUCCUCCUCCUCCUCACCCUGGAAGUGAUUUAAAAUCCCAACCAACGACGCCCCCUCGGCCCAACUUUCGACGUCACAAUUUUCGAAAAUGGAAACCCAAACCCACCGCGCAACUUGGGGUCAAUUCCCUAGGUACGCCUGCGGAGGUGUUGCUACUACCUACACGCGAUCGACGAAUACCCGAAGUCCCCAAGGAUGAAGGAACGGGCAAAAUGCUGGGCAGCACAUUGGAGGAGUCCAUCAACUCGGAGAGUGCCCCCUUGAGUGGACCGAAGUUGGCAGAGAACAUCGAACACGUUCGCUCUCUCGUGGGCAAGAUGCGCGGGCAGCUGGAAAAACACGAGUGGACAACCCUGAAGAGGCAGCUGCACACUGGGUUCCAGAAACAGCAGUUGACAAAGUAUAUUCGCUUGCGCAAAGGCAACCUCUCCGUCACCGACGAUCUCGAGAAAUACAACAAGAGGGAAAUCAUCAAAUACUUGGUCGAAGAAGUCUGGGGCUUUACAACGCCGGUUCAGGACGAGCCUGUUUCUACUGGCAAACAGUCGAAGAUGGUCAUCACCCUGCACGAGCCUGUCAAGUUCGACCACCUCCUGAUGCAUCCGAGUCAGCCAUUGAAGAAGAUUGCCGAGGAGCUGGAUGUCCAACUUGAUGUCUAUCCGUCUCAAUACAAGAUUAGAGCCACAGGAUCCAGAUCCAACGCUCAGCAAGCCCUGCAGAGAAUCUCUCGCUAUGUAAAAAAUCUGGGACAGAUUGUUAUACCACUACAUGACACCCACCGGGACAUGUACCAGGAUCCUGCUACCAGGGAGUAUUUGACUGCGUACCUGAAAUCGAUUCAACGGAAAUACCCAGGGUUGAACAUUGGCAUGGACGAGCAAUACAUCAGAAUCGUCCACCUCGGGAACCAGCGCGGCGCUGACCAGGCCCGUCGCGAGAUUUUACUUUCUGUGCCAACGGGGACUACUUCGGGAGAGUCAGUCAUCUGGCCACGAAAGGUUACGUCGGCAAUUGCCUACCAACCAUUCCCUACUCCGUCUGAAUUUCCUGCGCUAUUGCAUCACGCUCAAUGGCUGAGACUGGUGUCUAUCUCCCCAAGUCCGCCGACUGGCAAUGCUGGUUCCCGCAAGGAGGCUGCUCUUACACCAAUUCUGCAGGGUCUCUGGGGUACGUCCGACCCCUUCGCUAAAGUUGGCAGUGAGGGUAAUCGGCAAGAACUUUACCAUGAUGUGACAGCCAAAUUUGGGCAAGCUUUGACCAAAGAGGUACUGCAGGCUGCCAACGGUGGCGCUGCUCAGCACGUUGCGGUCGAUUCACAGAAGCAGGGAAGAUAUUUUGUGGGAGGAGGGCCCUUUUUGCCACAGCAUCUCGCACUUAUGGAACCAUGGAUUGAUCCGCCAUCAAACCCUGCGAACGAUAUAGACCAACAUGCGCGUGCCAUCCUGCGCCUCGAACUCUCGCCUGUUCUAACCUCGACCGAUUUGCCGACUUUCGAAAUAAUCGUCACGGCAGGUGAAGCUGUGGGCGGUCAGCGUCCUCGACUCAAGGUCGUCCGGGUGUCAGCCAUACACCAGGAAAAACAUUUGACAGUGCUGUGUCCACACACUCGUAUGGACGUCCGGCUCACGCAGCAACUCAAGCAGGACCUCGCCUACCCUGGAUCUUCCGAAACUGAUGUCGUGCAAGCGUUCAUGAAUGCCCUGCGUGUCUAUAUCGGUAAUGCGCAAGGACACGGUUCUUCGGAUUGGGUGUUUCGACCAUUUGUCACUUUGCAGGUACCUCUUGGUUUGCAAGAGGCACGUAAACAUCCUCAGCAGGCCGCCCUUCUAGAUGCACGGCAGGAAACUCGCAGCGGUGGAAAAACAAAAGGCGCAAAGAGCCCUGCCGGUACUAUCGAGAAGAAACAGGAAUAUAUUCUCCGAUCAGUUGAUGUUGUUGACGUUGAUUCACGGCUCUUCUCAGUGGAGUCAGCCUCCCAAAUUCCCAAGACCAAGACCAAUCCCAAACCCACGUCUAAGCGUACUUCCAUGUCAACAGCAAGGUUUUGCUUGGACCACGUCACAUACACCGGCGCGGCUGGUACGAGACAAGAGCUUCGCCUAGCAGAGCGACCAUUGCUGAGUCCCCCAACCUUUGCACAGCCGGAUCUGCCUGUGUUUGUGAAGGCAGCGUUGGACUUGGUGAAGAGGCUGGACAACGACCCUAUGAAGGCCAUCCCAGCAAAGACGACGAGCUGA